GCUCAGCCAUGAACGCCUCAGCACCCGGCAGCCCGCUGAGGCACCCUGAGCCCCAGGAUGCAGCUGCCUUCACUCCCAUCUCUGUGGUCAGGAGCAUGACAAAGAAGUCUGAUGCCCUGCCCGUCAUCUCAGCCAUCGUCGUCAUCUUUGUCCUCCUGGCCAUCUUCAUCAUUGUCGUGGUGCACUACGGCCCGCAGCUCCGCACCAUCCAGAUCACCCUUUACCAUGAGCCCAUGCCGCAGGACCUGGAUGACGGGGUGCACCUCAUGGACUGGAGGAAGCUGGGCUCCCAGAAGAAGCCCCCUCAGCCUGGGCAGUGGGAGCCGGGUGGCAACCUGAGCUGCCAGUGCUCCUGCAAGCACCACCUGCCCUGUGGGAGCAUCGAACCCAACGUCAUCGAGGUCACGUAUCUGUAACAAGGUUUGGGCAGGACCCAAGGGAAAAACAGUGACUGCGCUGUUGGCUCAGCCCAAGGCUAGCUGGUUCCUGCACACUGGGGUUGUAUCUGGCUCCAGGUGGCCUCACUAGGAAGCU